CCACCACGUGACAUAACCUUAAUAUCCAAUGUCAUGAUUCGACAAUUUUUCUUUAAAAAUAAACCACUCAGUUAACAAUUAAUGACAAUUAAGUGAUAAGAUAACAACGUUCUAGCUUCAUUUGCAAGAAUGGCCGCUAUUGGAAGUUUGGCUGGAAAAUUAGCCAUCGUAACAGGUGCCGGCUCUGGAAUCGGUCGUGCUACUUGUAGAAUCCUGGCCCGAGAAGGUGCUUCAGUCAUCGCUGCAGACAAAAAUAUAUCCGGCGCCCAAGAUACCGUAAGUAGUGUUCCCAAUGGUACCGAUCAAACCCACAUUCCGCUAGAACUAGAUGUAGGGGACCACAAGAGCAUCACCACAGCGCUCAAAUCGACCCUCGAACACUAUAAAAAACCGCCGUCAAUCAUAGUCAAUUCAGCUGGUAUUACCAGAGACAACUUUUUGUUGAAACUAAAACACUCAGACUUUGAUGAUGUUAUCAAUAUAAAUUUGAAAGGUACUUUCAUGAUGAUCCAAUUAUUUUCCAAUGCUAUAGUGGAGCAUGGUGUACAGGGAGGUUCUAUAAUAAAUAUUGCUAGUACUUCAGGGAAGUAUGGUAACAUAGGGCAGGUGAAUUAUAGUGCUAGUAAGGCUGGUGUGGAAGGGCUGACUAAAACGGCGGCUAAGGAAUUCGGGAAAUUCGGGAUUAGGGUCAACUGUGUUUUGCCGGGAAUGAUCGCAACUCCAAUGACUGAUGCCGUGCCUGAUAAAGUUAGGGAGAAGGCUGUGAAAAUGAUUCCUUUGGGAAGAUUUGGCAAGCCUGAAGAAGUGGGCGAAGUUAUCGCUUUUUUGGCGUCUGAUAAGAGCUCGUACGUUCAUGGUGCUACUGUUGACAUCACUGGGGGUGUGUAACUAAUCGUGGAUUAGAAAGAUAUUUUUGUAAAUUACCAAAAUAUAUUAAUUUUUAAUUA